UGUCCUCGCCGGUGCCGGCAUGGAGGUUCCCUGGGCGGGCUGCCCGUUGGUGGAGGACAGCUUCACCCGCUUCUCCUCGCAGAGCAACGUCUACGGGCUGGCCGCCCUGCCGGGGGGGCAGGCGCAGGAGGAGGAGGAGGGGGGCAGGGAGGCGCCCGAGGGCGGGCCGGGGGGGCUGCUGGCCGCCACCCUCAAGGGGAAGGUCAUCUAUUUCCGCUACCAGGACCUCCGCCAGAAGCUCCGCCCCGUCGCCAGGGAGCUCCAGUUCACCUACAUCCCAGUCGAUGCUGAGAUUGUGUCCAUUGACACGUUCAACAAGUCCCCUCCCAAACGGGGCCUGGUCGUGGGGAUCACCUUCAUUAAGGAUUCCGGAGACAAAGCCAGCCCUUUCCUCAACAUAUACUGCGAUUACGAACCGGGUUCAGAAUAUAACCUGGACUCCAUCGCACAGAGCUGCUUGAACCUAGAGCUACAGUUUACCCCUUUCCAGCUCUACCACGCAGAAGUCCAGGUUGCUGGCCAGCCGGAGACUGUCUUCUUGCUGAGUGGCAAUGAUCCUGCCAUUCACCUGUAUAAAGAGAAUGAGGAGCUUCACCAGUUUGAGGAGCAGCCCGUUGAGGAUCUCUUUCCUGAACUCAUGGAGCUUCCAAGCAACGUGCUGUGGCUGGACGUAUUCAACCUCCCCGACUCGGGGCGACGCCUCACCGCCUUCGGCUGCCAGAGCGGCUACAUCCGAUUGGCCCACGUCGAUCCAGCCAGCAGAGAGGUGCUGCAGAGUUGGAGCCUCCUGCAAGACGGGCCCAUCUCCAAAGUCCUGGUCUUCGCCUUACCGGCUCCCUGCUGCACAGACGACCUCCCGGGCACCGCAGCGACAGACGGUGCCACCGGCCACACCUACAGCAUCCUGGUCACCAGCACCAUCGAGCUCUCCGUCGUCUACAGGAACGUCCUGCGGAGCGGCCUGGGGGAGCAGCUGGCCUUGCCCUCGAGCGACCAGCACGACAGCGUGAUCUGCGCCCUGGUGACCGACGUCGACUUCGACCGUGAGCCCGAGAUCCUCCUGGGGACGUACGGGCAGGAACUGCUGUGCUACAAGUACGUCUUGCCCGACGGGGAGUUCCGUCUCCUUUGGCAGCGUGCCUUCCCCAGCCCCCUCCUGUCCAUGGAAUACGUGGACCUGACCUGCGAUGGGCUCCGCGAGCUGGCCGUGGUAUGCCUGAAGGGACUGCACAUCCUGCAGCACAGCCUGACACAGACGGCUGAAUGCCUCCUGGAGCGACUCCGGUUGAAAGUGGCCAGGCUGGCCGCCCAGCGUAGCCUGCAGCCCUCAGAGCCCCAGGGCCAGGACACCGACGGGAAAGAACGGCCAAAGGAGUGAGGGGCCAACGGGAAAGGAGGGCCGAAGGAGUGAGGGGCUCAGCAGGGCCUGCUUGUUUGCUCGGAGGCCGCCUUUCCACUUCGGCCAGAAGGAACAGGGAAUAAGGUCUGCACGAUGGGGGCACUCCCGGGGAACCUUCUGACGGUCCGGGGGGUGGGUGAGGAGAGAGCAGGCUUGGUGCCCCCAAGGCCUUUUAGGCUGAAUCUUGAAUCACAAGAAGAGCCAGGCAGGAAUUGAUACCUCUGGAACGCAGGAAGCAAACUCGGGUCAUGACACUCCCUAGGAACUCUCCUUCUGUCUUGCCUGAGCGGUUGGCCAGAGCGAGGCCUGGCCAAGAAACCUGUCAACGCAGGGCGUAGAUCGGUCAUUAAAAGCAGUAUUCGUUCUC